AUGGGGUGCAGCCCCCCCCGCCCUGGUACUGGGGCUCCCAGUUUGUCCCCUGCACUGGGACACUGGGCUUCCCCCCGGAUCGGGAUUGGCGCCUCCUGCUCUGACGGAAGAGGAAGUGCCGGAGCGACUUCCGGCACAGCCAUGGCUCUGGACGCCCUCCGGUACCGGCGCGGCUCCCUCGCCAUCGUCAACCAACUGCUGCUGCCGGAGCAGAUCCGUUACGAGAGCGUGGACGGCGUGGAGCGCGCGCGGCAGGCCAUCCGCGACAUGGAGGUGCGCGGCGCGCCGGCCAUUGCACUGGUGGGGUGCCUGGCGCUGGCGCUGGAGCUGCAGGCGGGCGCGGGGCCGGACGAGGACGCGGCCGCGCUCGGAGCCUUCGUGGACGAGCGGCUGCGGCUGCUGGAGUCGGCGCGGCCAACGGCCGCCAACAUGAGCCACCAGGCCCAGCGCCUGCGCGGCCUCAUCCGGCAGUGCCUGCAGAGCCCUGGCAUCACCGCCGCCACGCUGCGCGAGAGUGUGAUCGUGGCGGCCGAGGCGCUGCUGGAGCGCGAGCGGGCGCAGAACCGGAGUCUGGGGGCGCACGGAGCGCGGCACCUCCUGGCGCGCGUCCCCGGCGGCGGCGUCACCGUCCUCACCCACUGCAACACGGGCGGACUCGCCACCGCCGGCUACGGCACCGCCCUCGGGGUGGUGUGGGCGCUGCACGCCGAGGGACGCCUGUCGCGCGUCUUCUGCACGGAGACGCGGCCGUUCCACCAGGGCGGACGGCUGACGGCGCUGGAGCUGCGGCACCAGGGGCUCCCGGCCACCCUCAUCACCGACAGCGCAGCCGCCGCCGCCAUGCGCCUGCGCGGCAUCCAGGCCGUUGUGGUGGGCGCCGACCGCGUGGCCGCCAACGGGGACACGGCCAACAAGAUCGGCACCUACCAGCUGGCGGUGGCCGCGCGGCACCACGGCGUCCCCUUCUACGUGGCCGCCCCCAGCUCGUCCUGCGACCCGGCCCUGCCCGACGGCAACGCCAUCCCCAUCGAGGAGCGCCCGGCACGCGAGCUCACCCACCUCCGUGGCCUCUGCCUCGCGCCCCCCGACAUCGACGUGUGGAACCCGGCCUUCGACGUCACCCCCCACGAGCUCAUCACGGGCGGCAUCAUCACCGAGUUCGGGGUGUUCGCGCCCGGGGAGCUGCGCCAGGCUCUGGCCGAGCACGCGGCCCCGGACCAAUAAAGGCCUUUAUG